AUGGCCGAAUUGGCGUCUCCAGUCCGCGUGGAAGUGUUAACGCAGCUACAAGCCCAUGGCAUUGCACCAGAAUAUAUCACCUACCCCCGUGUAACCCUCACCUCUGCCUCUCGUCUGUGUGUGAGGCACAGCCCUCCUGACUCUUCCCGGCACCGUCUUACCCUCAUAGAUCCCCGGACAUCUCCUAAGGAAGAUCAAGCUCCCCCAAGCUGGACUUUACAUGAAGUACAAGGAGCAUUAGCUAAUCCUACUUGUCCACUUCUGGCUGUGAGAGCAAGGCAGCUGGCCCAAGUAUAUGAUGUGGACCAGCGUUCCUUAAAAUCCCAGUGGGAGUUUUCCCACCCUAUCGAGCACUGGGCCUGGCUAGAUGCAGGUACUCUAGCUGUGGUGACCGAGGAAGAAGUCCUGCACUGGACCGUGCAACGUGCCAAACCAAGACAUCAGUUUAGCAGACAUGAGCGACUCUGGGGCAUGGAGGUGGUAGGGUACCAGCGGGAUGCCAGUUGUAAGUGGAUGGCGCUCUCUGCUCUGGGGCUUGAGCAAGGCCAGGUUGUGGGUUUGAUCCAGCUCUAUUGGCAAGGGGGCCAGCUAUCUCAGGUCAUAGAAGCCCAAGCCAUGGCCUUGCCCCAACACAGAUUUUCUAGGAAUCCUCAAGCUUCAGCAGCUCUCUUGGCUGCUGUGCGGAGAGGCAAGGAACGGACUGGACAGUUCCAUGUGGUGGAGCUAGGCCCACACCAGCCAGGGAAUGCAGCCUUUCUCAGUGCCCGCAGCAACUUAUCCUUCAAAGGAGCUCGGCCAGGUGACUUUCCUAGUGCUAUACAGUACCUGCCCCACAUGGGUGUGGCAGCAAUUCUUACCAAACACGCCUUGCUCUUCCUUGCGGAUGUCGAGACAGCACAAGUCAUCCAUUGCGUCCAGCUGGCCUGGGAUAUCCUGUUUGCCACUGUACUUGAUGAUGAUAAACACCACAGCCUGCUAGGAAUCUGCCGCAGUGGCAAGGUUCUGUCAAUCUUCAUCUGUCCCUACAUACUGUGCCAGUAUUUGGCUUGCCGUCCUGCCAGCCUCUACCUCUCCCAGCGGGUGCUGCAGCUGGUGGCCCAGAUUUCCUGA